GCAGCACAUAGACAGUAAAAGCUCAUAGCAAUCUCUUACCUCAUAUCCGUGCGACGCAUGUGGCUGAUGCUGAUGGUUUGAAGCCGAGACAUGUGUAACAUUGUGAUCCUGUUUUCAUGUUAGCUGAUUCCUGGAAGAUGACAAGGCACCUUACAUUCUACUGCGUCUGGAACCUGCAACUCUGUCCGAGAAGUAACCACUUCUAGAAGAACAUCUUCUCCCUAAAAGCAGUGAGAUGGCUCGGCCACUGUUUGGAGGAGCCUUGUCAGCCACUUUCCCGCCCAGUGCUCAAGAUAUCAGUGAGCUACGGGAGAUCCCAGACAACCAGGAGGUGUUUGCUCAUCGGGACACUGACCAGAGCAUCAUAGUUGAACUGCUGGAGUACCAGAGCCAAGUGGAAAAUGAAGAUGCAGCAAAGUAUCACUUUGAAGAUGUGGCGGGAAGCAACAAAGCCUCUGAGCCAGGGACCUGUGAGGUGCGGUCGGUCCAGGCCAUCCCCAAAGCAGAGCUGUCGCUGCAGCAGUGCGCUUCCGCCUGGCUCCUGACGGGGGGGCAGCUUGUCUCGAAAUUCAACGAGGAAGCGAAAAACACAGUGAAUAUCCACAUGUGCCUCUUUCGGCUUCCUCAGUUCUCCACAGAUGUCCUUGUAACCUUCAAUGAUCCAGUUAUCAUCAACCCUCUCAGCAGCAGUAAAGGUGCCAGUGGAGUGGCUGGGCCGGCUGCAGAGCCCUGGACAGUGCAGGACUUCCAGUGUGUGAUGACGUCCUUACAGCUGCUCGACCCUGGAGUAUUUGGAUAGCUUAUCGGGCUGGACGCAAAGCCAAAUGUUAUGUAAAGACUUUUAGGUGUUACUGUGAAGUGGAUGUCCUAUCAAAGAUUGAUCUAGAAUUAGGGAAAAUUAAACAAAGGAUGACUGAGGUGUUAUUCAAAUAUAUUUAGUUUCCUGAAGAAUUUUAUAUUCAACAGUGACACUGUGUGUCAGUUUGAGACAGAUUAAUUAAUGAACACUAUUAAAAGUGUUGCAUAGUUCCUUCUUCCGUCUGCCUGGUUAAAGAAUGCAAGUCAAUGACAUUCACACAGGGGUGUUUUCUAACUUACACAAGUUUGUCCACAAUAAACGGCACUGUACCUUG